CAAUAUUUGAUUUUGCCAGCGAGCGCAUUUCUUCGUUUGACAUACUGUGAUCAGGUGAUGCACUCGUUCGUAAUCGCCUCGUUGGUUUAUAGCCCUUUGCACUCACUUGCCACCUCACAUGAACUCACCCAAGUCGUGCUUACUGGACUUGAUCUUCUCCGCUUUUAUUAACAUUUCAACAACUUGAACGUCUAUCGUGAGCUGCGAUCUCCAAUGAUAGUAACUAUAGACAAUUAUCGCUGCGCUCUCGACCGCGCUGUACCCAGCAAUAAUGAACCAUCCCAACUGGAUGACCUCAAAUUUACAGUGGUCAGCGCUGGGCACCUCAAACUGAAGCUUCAGGCGCUAAACAGCGCCCUUGCACACACUCCGCCUGCUCAACAUCAUCGGCUUCGACUUGACGACACCUUACAAGGCGCCUUGCCUCGCACAUACAUCAACCGUUCAGAGGAAGUAUACUUCUUGGUCAAAAGCCUGCCGUGGCCGAGCAUGAUCCCUGAGGUGUUUGUCAAAGCCUACGGCGAAGUAUUGCAGUCGCGCCCUUUUACAAACACAUGUAUCUCUACUAUCAAGAAGCACACCCCAGAAUUCACAUGGCGUGUCUCUGCUCCAACGUUCUCUGGGAUACGGCCUCUCCUACCUGAGCUCGACGCACUUUGCAAUACCACGCUCAACGACUACUUUCAAAGAGCUGACGAAAAAGUGAAACCUUUUGCUUUUAUGCACCUACCUACUGAACUACGCCUUCAAGUUUACGAGUAUCUUGUACCUGCCCAGGCAUUCGUUCAAGUGUACUCAAAUGAACAUCCAAGAUCAGACUUUCAAAAGAGGCUGCCAGAACGUCUAGAAAUUCUGCGGAUCUGCACAGCAUUGCAUGACGAAACUAUCAAGCACUUCUUCGAUAAGCCUACCCUGCUCAUCGAGGCCUGUGGUAAGGCAAGAAACCCCCGGAAUCGAGCCUUAUUCAGGACGGAAACCGCAUCAGAGUACGCUGGACUCGUUGCCAGCAUCAGCCUCAAGGUCAGGACCAAAUUCACACGGCUAGAGAUCCGGAUCGUACCGGAUUUGAUAUCGACCGUGGGGGAGCAAUCUCAUACUCACGACACUCAUGAGCAGCUGGAUAUUUCCCCAUUGCAAAACAUCUGCGCUGCUCUUCCAAAUCUCGAAACUGUUCUUAUCUCGUUUCCUAAGAUCGAUGAUGGGGUAGUGACGGCUGGCGGGAUGCGGAUGCGGCCCCUCGUCUGGUCGUACUAUAACAAUCAGAAAUUUGCGCUUGAAUGGGUUUGCGCUCAGUUGCCUAAUGACGGCCUGAAAAUUGCGUGGGAUCUGACGCAUUUCAGACAUUCGAUCGAGGAUGCAUCGUAUUUAAGGGAAGAAAUUGUGUCCGAGCGGAUGAUGAGAGAACUAAUCGAGAGGGAUGGCAGCCUCGAACUUGCGCAGAGCGCGGCUGCAACCUGGGAGGACUUGCAGAGAUGGUCAGAGAUUAGAUAUGUCAUUCUUGAGGCGGUCAAACAGCGUUAACCAAUGCUACUGAGCUCUCGCCUUCGACAAAUGGCUUUGUAAGCGCCCGAGACACUAUCAGUGGAUUCUUCAUAAUCUUCACUGCCAAAUGUCUUAUCACCAUCAUAUAAGAGAUCCGAGAUGGCCAAAAGACUCGCCAUAAUCAGCAUGACCAAAUGGCGCCUUUGGUGGGGUGUGAUUGGUAAGUGGAGUGGUGAUGUAACGCAGCAGAUCCACUUACACCGAGACCUUCCAUU